AUGAGAGGUCAUGGUACCUAUAACACAGAAUCAGGAAAAUGUGCAGCAUCAGUGGCUGGUGUGGUUGAACGCGUCAACAAAUUAAUCUCUGUAAGGUCAUUACACGCGAGAUACAAUGGUGAAGUUGGCGAUUUAGUAAUUGGCAGAAUUACAGAGGUUUCACAUAGAAGAUGGAAAGUUGAUAUAAAUUCAAGGCAAGAUGCGGUAUUGUUAUUGUCAGCUAUUAACCUUCCUGGUGGUAUACAAAGACGUAAAACUGAUGCUGAUGAACUUCAAAUGAGAAAAUUUUUCUCCGAAGGAGAUCUACUAGUGGCUGAAGUACAAGGACACUUUCAAGAUGUUCCGCAAGCGCUUGUGCAACGAUGUAAAACUCAUUUUCAUACUUUACCGUACGGAGUUGAUUUGGCAUUAGGUUUGAAUGGUUAUAUUUGGGUAAGCAAACAGACAACACAAUCAUCUAAAGAUCAAGAUUCCGACGCUAUUUACUCAAAUGAUAAUGAGGAAAUUGAUCAAGAAAGGCGUGAGGCAAUCGCGCGAGUUUGCAAUAGCAUCAAUGCAUUGAGUCGUCAUUUCCUUCAUAUAAAUGAUACGACGAUAAAGUUGGCAUAUGAAGCUUCUUUACACUUUCCGGUUAAGGAUCUAUUAAAAUUAGAUGUGAUGGAAGCCAUAACGAGUGAAGUGAAAGCUGGUAUAAGAUAG